AUGGUAGAUUAUAUCGUUACUGAUCCCUGUCUUCAUAUCAACGUUCCAAAAUUUCAGAGCUAUAUUGAGGCGAAGUCAAGAUCUAAUCCAAUAUAUGCCGAAGUGAGAGCGAGAAGGAUUUCUAUCAAAUACAAAUAUAAAAAUUAUUCAUUUAAAUUAUUAAAUUUAAAUGUUAACCGCAAAAAUCAGAUUAAGUCCGGUCUUCUAGCAGCAUCUGGCCAAUUCGAUCACGAUUACAACUAUUCUCCUCCAUCCGAAAUCGAUGAAAUCAUUGCUGAAUAUUUUUACGAAUCCAACAUGAAUCAGACAAUUUAUCCAGCCGCUAAAAUGAUAGCAUCUGGAGAUACUAAUUCAGCUGUAAUGACAAUUACCUCUAUUGUUCAGGAAUUUUGUAAAACAAUGAAUAUCACAAACGAAACAUCAUAUACGAUAGUAUACACUUCAAUAGUUAGACUACUAUUUGAUCAAUCAUACGUUAUAGAAUCUGAGCUCAAUAAAUACAGAAAAGAAGACGAAAUUUUCCUGAAAAAAGCAGAAGAGUUUUCUCAACGAUCUAUUAGAGAAAUGAGACUAUCUAAGGAUAUACAGAGAUAUUAUACUCCAGGAUUGAAGUUAGGAUCUCUUUUUACUCAGAAACAAUUUGAAAUGUUAAAACAGCUGGAAUUUAUUACAAAUCCGAUUGAUUUAGCAAAGCACAUACACUCGAUGACUCUUACGUUAGCUAAUUUCUUCGGAAGCGAAACUGGCGUCUUAUCAUUUGAUGAUACUCUCACUCUUAUCCUUUCUCUUACUGCUAAAGCACCUCCUGCAAAUACUGUAUCCAUUACGAAGUUUUUGGAGAAGUGGAGCAAGAUUUCUCUUGAUAAAAUUGUUGAUCAAUCGAAAGACUUCUUUAUUGCAGCUGUUCAGCAGUUGCUAUAUGAAGGAGACGAUAAUAAUCCAGAUAGACAAUAA